GGCGAUAGUAGUAACCGAUGGUCAGUCUCAAGAUAGCGUUGCCGAGAGUGCACAACAAUUGAGAGAUGCUCAUGUGAUGAUGUAUGCAAUUGGUGUUACGAAUUUAGUUAACGUACAUGAGUUACAUCAGAUAGCUGGAAAUCCAGCAAGAGUGCUUACAGUCGAAUCAUUCGACGAAUUGAGCAAAACUCUUGCAGAUUCGCUUACUUGGGAUAUGUGCAAGACAGAAUUUAGACCUGGCACACCUGACAUAAUCUGUGGUGCGGAUCGAAUUGGAGUACGAGCAUCAACGAAAAAUCCAUUCGAUGGAUACGUCUUCAUUAUGGACCAUUUUCAUAAAAAAGAAUGUCGAGCAGGUCCCGAGCAAUUUCCAGAUGCUCGAAGUAUUGGCAUUACUAUUCCAUUCACUGAAUGCAACAUACAUCGCUAUCGUUCAUUGAAUCCGCGAGGUAUCUUUGUUGAAAUGACAGUUGUCUUCAUGUUUCAUGCACUAUUUAUGACCAAAGUUGAUCAAAUGGUAAAAGUGCAGUGCUUUUAUAUGGAAGCUGAUAAGUCUGUAUCAGUACCAAUGGAGGUCAGCAUGAUCACAACACAAUUUCGUGAAAAGAUGUAUGAAAUGCCGCGAUGCGAAUAUACUCUUCGGCGUGGAUCACAGGAUGGACCAAUUGUUGAAUAUGCACAACUUGGUGAAAAUGUUUAUCAUCGUUGGGAAUGUCAUGAUCAAGCUGAUACAUUUGGAAUGCUUGUACAUUCCUGUUAUGUCGAUAAUGGUUUUGGUGAUCGAGUAGAUAUUCUGGAUGAUACAGGAUGUGGAGUGGAUAACGUUCUACUGAUGACUCCAGAUUAUGAUGAAACAUUGAGACUUGCAACAAAGCCGUAUCAUGUUUUUAAAUAUGCCGAUAGGCCUGUAUUACAGUUCCAGUGUCAGGUAUGUUCAUCAAAAGAUUAA